ACCAACUAUGGUCAGUUCAAAUCCGAAGUUGCAAGCAAGCACCGAAACAAAGCGCCUUGGGUCUGGUUUUCCUGUAGCCCAGUUGUAGCCCAGUUGCAGGAAUUUCAACCUUUUGGCGCAGCUCAUUCUGCUACUCGCCCUUGUCGCCGACAACCAACAAAACCAAUCGUUCUAGAAUGUCCCCAACUCUCCACUCCGCUGCCAUCCCUGCGGCAACCGUUCAGUCGCACGCCUCCAACCUUCUCCAACUACCCGACAAGACUCUGCUUUGCGCCUGGUUCGGGGGCUCCCAGGAAGGUCUCCCGGACAUCAACAUCUGGCUGUCUCGUCAAGAACCGGGUUCGAAGGGCUGGUCCACGCCGCAGAAAGUCUCAUCCGACACCAAUCGCAGCUGCCAGAACCCCGUUCUCUUCCGGGCACCAAAGUCAGGGGAUGUUUGGCUUUUUCACACUUCGCAAGAUGCCGGCAACCAAGACGGCGCGUACAUCAUGGCUCGCACAUCAAGUGAUAACGGCAUAACCUGGUCAGAACCCCGAUACCCCUUGGAGGGUGUCACCGGUGCGUUCGUACGUCAACCUCUUGUUGUCCUUGGCGAUGGGACCUGGGUUCUUCCCGUUUUCCAUUGCCGUUCGACACCGGGUCAGAGGUGGAUUGGUAACAACGACAUUUCCUCCGUCUUUUUUACCCGAGAUGAUGGCCAAACAUGGUCAGAAAGCGUGGUGCCCGAAAGUCUCGGCUGCGUGCAUAUGAACAUUGUUCCGCCGGCGAAAGGGAGAUCAGAAUAUGUCGCCUUCUUCCGCAGUCGUUGGGCGGACAAUGUUUACCGCUCAACCUCCUCCGACGGGCUGAACUGGGCCUCUCCCAAGCCGACCACGCUACCAAACCCCAACAGCGGUAUAUGUGCCGCACGCUUGCCUUCAGGAAACGUCGUCAUUGUUUUCAAUCGAUCCGCGGCUGAGCCCGACAUGGCAAGGAGGGAAGGUCUCUACGACGACAUUACACCAGAAGACGACAAGCGCCCAAAUCAAGCCUCCGUCAACGGGAAGCAUGCCAUUUGGGGAACCCCCCGGAAAGCGUUGACCAUUGCCAUUUCUAGUGACGACGGACUGGGCUGGAAAGAGAGAGUGCUUGAAGAAGGCGAUGGGUUCUGUAUGACGAACAACUCCCUCGAGAAGACAAAUCGAGAGUUGAGCUAUCCGAGCAUCUCCGUCGAGGAAGAGGGUCCUGUAGCAGUGGUACAUGUUGCUUUCACCUUUCACAGGCAGUACAUCAAAUAUGUCCGCAUAGACGAUGUGGAAAGAUGGGUGGACAGAGCAUAGAUAGAAGGCAGAAGCUUGGGUGAAAGUGCUGGCUUGCACUAAAGGGAACAGGUUUGGCUGCAGUUUAGACUAAGCUUUUGAAGAUACAUUAUAUCUCAAUUUCCGCGAAUGGAAACAUACACCGAUUGUAUCAAGCGAGCGAGAUACAAUCGAAGUGUAAUGAAAUUGCCUCGGGAGAAUUCAUCUGCUCAUCACUUGACACAGGUUAUGUUAACAGGUGACUGACAAGUGCUGCAAAAAGCAAAUUCUGAGCGCUUAGUGUGUUUUUCUCCCAAUUUCAACGGUCUUAUGUUUCUAGGAGACACUAUUAAUCUUUUGUCUAUCUACAUAAUGUCUUGCUUUUGCACCAGCUAGUGAGAUAGGGGGAGAGUAUGGAAUUUUCGCAAGCUAAUGCCUACCCUUCUAAUUAUACGACAUCCUAGCUCUUGACUGCAUUUCUGAC